AUGAAACAGGGGAUCGCCUAUACUUUAGUUGGAGAAUCAAAAUUAAUGGAAAUUCAAUAUGCAAAAGUCAGCAGAUGGAAGCCUCCAAUUGAUCAUGCGUCGGAUGCUUUUCCUAAUGGCACAUUUAAUGCAACUUCAUUUGGUCCAUGUUGUCCUCAACCAACUGUAAAAAUAUAUAUAGACAGACAAGAUGAACAAUUUCUCGUCUGGAUUCAUGGUGGUGCUCUUCAAACUGGUUGUUCAUCACAAGGUAUUCCUAUUAUAUAUAAUGGAACAAAUAUUAUCGCUAAUUCUCUUCAACCGGCUAUUAUCGUAACAAUUAAUUAUCGACUAGGUGUUCUUGGUGAUUUAUAUUUACCAGCUUUGGUUGAAGAAAAUUCACCAGACUGGCCAACAGCUGGUAAUUAUUAUUAUUUAGAUAUUUCUGGAGCUAAAGCUGUUGUUGACAUUGGUGCAUUGAAAGGAUCAGCCAAUCUUUAUCAACAUAUUAUAUCGGAAUCAAGUGCAGCUAGUCAUUAUCCAUAUUAUUCAAAUAUUAGUAAUGCAAUCCAAGCAUCUAACAAGGUUGUGCAAAACAUGAAUUGUACACGUGAAAAUAAUGCAUUAAUGCUUGCAUGUUUACGUAAUUCUUCAAUUGAAGAUUUGAUUGUGGCCUUCGGUUAUCGUCCAGCAAAUACAAUUGUUGAUGGAUAUUUUUUCCCUUAUUAUCCUCCUUUGGCAAUAAAAAAUGGUUUGUACAAUCCAAACAUUACAAUGAUUAUAGGAAACAAUGAACAAGAACCUUUAACGUGUUUUGAAAAUCCAGAUAUGAAUUCAACAAAGGCUAUUGCGAUGACAAGUGAAACAAUACUACCACACUGGUUACCAUUGUUCGUCAAUAACUAUCAGCUAAAUAGUUGUUCUUCCAAUAGAAAUGCUAAGAAUCGUUGCUGCGAUGUUGUUCACUCAUUCAUAAUAGAUAAACUUUUUGAUUGUAAUGUUCAACGACUAUACAAUAAUUUAUAUAUGAAAUAUCAACAAUCGCAUAAGCUAUAUUGGUAUCAUCUAGAUUGUAAUCCUGGGAUAUGUCCCGAAUUAUCAGUAGAAGAAGGUGCUGGUUUAUGUGGUCAUGUAGAUGAAAUUCCAUUCGUUUUUGGAACUGUCAGUUCCUAUAAUUCAAUGAAUUCCCACAACUGUACAUGGGAUAGUCAAACACGAAGUUUUUCAAAUCAAAUCAUUUCACAUUGGAUCAGUAUGGCUCGAGAUGGAGAACCAUUACAACCAUGGCCACAGUAUUCUCCAACAGCAAAAAAAUAUUUUAAAAUUACACCCUAUCACGACUUUUCACCUGAACCAUGGUAUCGAGACUGUUCUUUAUUGGAUCAACUUGAAGAUGAACAAAUACGUAUUAUGUUUCCCAUAAACUAG